AUGUGUCAACCAUUGCGGUCUAGAGGAAAAUUGGCGAUGGUGUUUAAAGGAUGCAGACGGUUUGUGAGAACAACAUGUCACGUUUCGAUCCCUGGUGUUUCUUUGGGAAAUGAAUUAAAAGCACCUCCAAAGUUUCUGAGGGAUAAAAAGAUAGUUCCUGAUGCUGAUCCUCCUCAGAAAGAAGAUAUCCAUAAGUUGUGUCGUCUUUUCGAGCAAAGUUCGAGACUCACCAUCUUGACCGGAGCUGGGGUUAGCACAGAAUGUGGGAUUCCUGAUUAUAGAAGUCCCAAUGGAGCAUACAGUUCUGGUUUCAAACCAAUUACCCAUCAGGAAUUUGUUCGAUCAAGCCGAGCUCGUAGGCGAUAUUGGGCAAGGAGUUAUGCUGGAUGGAGACGGUUCACUGCAGCACAACCAGGACCAGCUCAUACUGCUUUAGCAUCGCUGGAAAAAGCGGGACGAAUAAAUUUUAUGAUUACACAAAACGUUGACAGGUUGCAUCAUCGUGCUGGAAGUGAUCCACUUGAAUUACAUGGCACAGUAUAUACAGUUAUGUGCUUAGAUUGUGGCUUCUCUUUUCCCCGAGACUUUUUUCAGGAUCAACUUAAAGCUCUCAAUCCUAAGUGGGCAGAAGCAAUAGACAGUAUUGAUCAUGGAGAUCCAGGAUCAGAGAAGAGCUUUGGCAUGAAACAAAGGCCUGAUGGUGAUAUUGAGAUUGAUGAAAAGUUUUGGGAAGAAGGUUUUCAUAUACCAGUAUGCGAAAAGUGUGAAGGAGUGCUAAAACCCGAUGUAAUCUUCUUUGGAGACAAUCUCCCAAAGGAUAGAGCCAUUCAUGCAAUGGAAGUUGCAAAACAGAGUGAUGCAUUUCUAGUGUUGGGUUCCUCUUUAAUGACAAUGUCCGCUUUUCGCCUUGUCAGGGCGGCUCAUGAGGCAGGUGCCAUGACUGCAAUUGUAAAUAUAGGCGAAACAAGAGCUGAUGACUUUGUUCCUUUGAAAAUCAAUGCUAGGGUCGGUGAGAUAUUGAAUAGAGUUCUUGAUGUCGGAUCUCUCGGUGUCCCAGCUCUCUAG